GUGGGAUUGCUUUUUGGCAACGGUUCCGCCCACAACUCAGAUGCAAAUUUUUAAUGGAGUACUGACGCUUCUGCAGAAAAUGGACUAGCAUGGCGGUGGGAGUUUCAUGGAAUAGAUUUACAUUUAUUGUAGCUAAAAUUCAGCUUUUGCUAAAAUAAAAUAAAUAAAAAUCGUGGACAGAUGUUAGUGCGAGUUGGUCCUUAGUUGACUUACUUGGAGGAAGGAUCAUGGUAUGGGGCUGUUUCAGGUUGCAUUAGAACAUAGUUAUUAAAGUUCUUUGGAAUAUGGCGCCUCCACCAAAGCAGGAAGUUAGGGGUCAUCCAUGUUUGGGUUCUGUAUUUCUUUGGUUCUGUUCUUGCUUCCAUGUAUCACCAUCCACUUGAGUUUUCUACUUCCUGUCAUGCAGCGGUCCCUUUGUGUCGUUGAUGGUUUCUAGUUUCUGACACGUUCUUCACACAUAAUCCAGAUUUUUCAGAUUGAGGUCUUUGGUUCCAGCCUCUGUGUUGGUCUCCUUUCCUCAUAGGUCCUGGACUCACACGUGGACGCUUUGAUUCACAAACAGCCUCUCUUUCAAACAAAAGACAUCCAAACACUUUAAAGCAGAGUGUGCACAGAGGAAAGUCUUCCUGAAUGCACAGCUGUUGUUCGCCCUGAGCGUCCAUGUGACUGCUCAGCUCGUGCUCGCACCGCUCUUUAGUUCUGCUCCGCUCACUCAAGAGCUUCUCAUAGAUCUUAUCCAAGCUCUCAUGAGCCAAAUCUGCAGUUUUUAAAACAAAAAAAAAAUUCUAAAUGAAAUGAUGGGAUUUAUUAGUAAAAAUAUUUGACUUUUACUUCUUUUUAAUCACCUUGAGGCCAGAGUGACCUCACCUGCUGCAGCAGCUCUGGAUGAACCCCUGACGCCUGCUUGCUGCUGCUGAUCAGCUCUCCGUCCUCUCAUCCACCGCGGCGGGAAUGACGGACGCUGCUGCUGAGACCACCAUCAAGGUGGUGUGCCGCUUCAGGCCGCUGAACAGCUCCGAGGUGGCUCGGGGGGACAAGUACAUCCCAAAGUUUCAGGGGGAGGACUGCGUGGUGAUCGCGGGAAAACCGUACUACUUCGACCGCGUGUUCCAGUCCAACACCACCCAGGUUCAGUUCUACAACGCUGUGGCUCAGAAGAUCGUCCGAGAUGUUCUGGAGGGGUACAACGGCACCAUCUUCGCCUACGGGCAGACCUCCUCGGGAAAAACACACACCAUGGAGGGGAAGCUGCACGAUCCAGACAUGAUGGGAAUCAUUCCUCGAAUUGUCCAGGACAUCUUCAACUACAUCUAUUCCAUGGAUGAAAACCUGGAGUUCCACAUCAAAGUCUCGUACUUUGAAAUCUAUUUGGACAAAAUUCGUGACCUGUUGGACGUGACAAAGACCAACCUCUCCGUCCACGAGGACAAGAACAGAGUACCAUAUGUGAAGGGGUGUACCGAGCGCUUUGUGUGCAGUCCUCAGGAGGUUAUGGACGCCAUCGACGAAGGCAAGAACAACAGACACGUGGCUGUCACAAACAUGAAUGAGCACAGCUCCAGAAGCCACAGCAUCUUCCUCAUCAACAUCAAGCAGGAGAACACUCAGACCGAGCAGAAGCUCACCGGAAAGCUGUACCUGGUGGAUCUGGCCGGGAGUGAAAAGGUGGGGAAAACAGGAGCAGAGGGCACCGUGCUGGAUGAAGCGAAGAUGAUCAACAAGUCUUUGUCCUCGCUAGGAAACGUCAUCUCAGCUCUGGCGGAGGGCUCGACUUACGUCCCGUACAGAGACAGUAAGAUGACGAGGAUCCUGCAGGACUCUCUAGGAGGGAACUGCAGGACGACCAUGGUGAUCUGCUGCUCCCCGUCCUCCUUCAACGAUGCAGAGACCAGGUCCACGCUGCUGUUUGGACAGAGGGCGAAGACCAUCAAGAACACGGUGAGUCUGAACGUGGAGCUGACCGCGGAGCAGUGGAAGAAAAAGUGGGAGAAGGAGAAGGAGAAGAACAAGACGCUGAGAAACACUGUCACCUGGCUGGAGACCGAGCUGAACCGAUGGAGGAAAGGGGAGACUGUGCCAGUGGAGGAGCAGUUUGACAAGGAGAAGGCCAAGGCAGAGGUGCAGGAUGUGGACGCCGCCGCCGCCAACGACAAGCCGGCGCCUACACCGUCCCUCGGAGCGCUGCCCGGAGUCAAACUCACGGAUGCAGAGAAACAGAAAUACGAGGCGGAGAUGGCCAAACUCUACAAGGAGAUGGAUGACAAGGAUGAUGAGAUCAACCAGCAGUCACAGCUGGUGGAGGAGCUGAAGGAGCAGAUGCUGGAUCUGGAGGAGCUCUUAGGCUCUUCCCGCCGUGACCACGCCACGCUGCAAAGCGAGCUGAACCGCCUGCUGGCUGAGAACGAAGCCUCCAAAGAGGAGGUGAAGGAGGUCCUGCAGGCGCUGGAGGAGCUGGCUGUCAACUACGACCAGAAGAGCCAGGAGGUGGAGGAUAAAAGCAAAGAGUUUGAGGCUCUCAGUGAGGAGCUGAACGAGAAGUCUAGCUCCUUGGCCUCCAUAGACUCUGAGCUGCAGAAGCUGAAGGAGAUGACCAACCACCAGAAGAAGAGGGUGACGGAGAUGAUGUCCUCCUUACUGAAGGACCUGGCUGAGAUCGGCAUCGCGGUGGGGAGCAACGACAUUAAGCAGCAGGAGAGCAGCGGCGUCAUUGACGAGGAGUUCACCGUGGCUCGCCUCUACAUCAGCAAGAUGAAGUCGGAGGUGAAGAGCAUGGUGAGGCGCAGCAAGCAGCUGGAGAGCAGCCAGGCGGAGAGCUUGACGAGGCUGCAGGAGGCCGAGAGCGAGCUGACGGCCUGCCAGCUGCGCGUCUCCCAGCAAGAAGCAAAAAUCAAGUCCCUGACCGACGGUCUGCAGAACGUGGAGCAGAAGAAGAGGCAGCUGCAGGAGAACGUGGACCUUCUAAACGAAGAGAUCGUGAGGAUCAAAGCUCAGGCUUUUCUGUCUGCAGAGAAAGUCAAUGCCAUGGAGAAGGAGAAUGAGAUCCAGUCUGCUCAUGAAGUGAAGGAAGCUGUGGAGAAGCAGAUCCAGUCCCAUAGAGAGGCCUACCAGAAGCAGAUCAGCAGCCUGAGAGACGAACUGGACAGCAAGGAGAAGCUGGUCAUGGAGCUGCAGGACUUGAACCAGCAGAUCGUCCUGGAGCAGGAGAGGCUGAAAGUGGAGCACGAGAAGCUGAAGGCCGCAGACCAGGAGAAGAACCGCCAGCUGCAGGAGCUCACGGUGCUGCAGGACAGACGUGAGCAGGCCAGGCAGGACCUGAAGGGACUGGAGGAGACUGUGGCUCGGGAGCUGCAGACCCUCCACAACCUGCGGAGACUUUUUGUGAACGAUCUAUCCAGAAGAGUCAGAAAGAACGCUCAGGACUCUGAGGACUCAGACGACAGUUCUGCUCAGAAACAGAAGAUCUCCUUCCUAGAGAGCAACCUGGAGCAGCUGACCAAAGUUCACAAACAGCUGGUGCGAGACAAUGCCGACCUCCGCUCUGAGAUCCCAAAGGUGGAGAAGCGUCUGCGCGCCAUGGUGGAGCGGGUCAAAGCCCUGGAGGCGGCCCUAAAAGAAGCCAAAGAGAGCGCCGCUCGUGAGCGCAAGCUCUACCAGCAGGAGAUGGAGCGCAUCAAGGAUGCCGCCAAACCCAAACCCAACAUGGGCAGGAGGAACUCUGCACAGAUAGCCAAGCCCAUCAGACCAGGCCAGCUGCCAGGAUCCUCGCCUUUGUUCAGCCUCAACAGAUCCAACAUCAUCCGUGGAGGAGGCAACGACAGCAGUUAAAGAAGCUGAAAGGUUCCAAACCUGAACUCCAGCCUCCAGACUGAUCCACUGAAUCAUGACAAUGCUCUCCGAAGUCUGCCUGUGCCAAACGUAAAACCCACCAGAAAACAAGUGCUCAUUUUACUUUUGAAGUAAAAGAUGUAAAGGAAAAAAAAAAGAAGCUUUAAGCUAAUAUUGCACAUUUGCAUGAUCUGUUUCUGUUGAUGAUCUUCUAUCAGCACUCUUGUUGUUUUUUCAUAUCUCUGUGAAAAAUUCAUCUAAAUGAAUUAAAGCACUUAUUCAUUAAAAUCUUCUAUAGCCACAUUUGAUUGUAUUCUAUUUGAAACACAAUAAAGCUGAACUUAAAUACUAA